AUGCUGCGAUUGGCGGUGGGAAUUCAGAGACGAAGUUUAUUCGGAUCUCUUCCAUGUAGCAGUCAACAAGAUCAUUAUAAAGUUCUGGGACUUGCCCAAUCAGCAACACAAAAAGAAAUUAAAUCAGCGUACUAUAAACUGUCGAAACAACACCAUCCAGAUACCAAUCCAGAAAAUAAGGAAGAUGCUGCAAAAAAGUUUCAUCAGGUUGCAAUGGCAUACGAAGUACUGAGUUCUGAGGAUAAACGAAAAGCCUAUGAUACGACGAGGAUCACAACAUCACCCAUGCCUGGCGAUGCUUCUUUUAGCAAUCGUUAUCGUCGACGAUCAGCCACCAAGCAGUACACUGAUAUUGACAUUGAUUAUAAAGAUUUCGAACAUUUUCAACGGAGCACAAGGCGAAGACCACAAUAUCAUUCGCAUUUCGAUAUGCCUAAUGAAUUCUAUGCAGAAUUCGGUGGGUUCAAAAAACGGGUAUUCAAGAGUGAAUAUGAAGCUGCUCAGGAAAAGCAUGGUUCGAUGUACAAAGAUGGUAGAGCUGCGCAACGAGAAAUGGAAGAACUUCGACGGCAGGUAGAACGGGAACAAGCAGCUCAGCAGGCUCGGUAUCCAAUUCCAACCUUCGAGCAAAUGAUGAGAGAAAAACGAGCAAAAGAAGCGAACGAAGCUAAACAAUACAUGGCUGGAAUGUUCGUGACUGCCAUUGUUGCUGGAUUUUUAACUGUACUAUUGACUCGUUAG